AAAGGGAAAAGAAAGUUUCAUAUCCAUGAUUGUGUGUUAGGGAAGGAGAAGAAGAAGAAAGAAAAUCAUCCAAAGCUUCCAAAUUUUGAGUCCAAAAACGCAGCAGCAACUUCAAGGAACAUCCGGAAGGUAUUGCAAAGAAAAUUCGGCAUUGGAAUGUUGAAAUUAGUGAGUUAAUCGUCGGAAUCGUGUUCAUCGACAUAUUCAAAAUUCUGGACAGCAACUUUCCCUUGACUUCAGAAUCAAGCGGUUUGCAAUUCUGUGAAGAAACGAUGGAGAUAUGCCCAAAAUACCGCAGGCUGUCUAGUUGUGACGGAAAUGACAAAGUUGGUGAAUUUUGAUGUUGUUUCCACUCCCGCUCAUCCGUAAGGUUUCGGCCUAUGAUUUCCAGCGGUUUCGCUGAGCGUGUAGUUUGUAUUUUUCGUUGACUACACAUAGGUAACAAGAAGACAAUGACGGAACCACUCCCGGAGGGCAUUGAGUCAGAGGAGAUGCAAGGAUGGCAGGCAAAUCUUGAUCAUCAGAUUUUUAAAUGUGUCAUGAUUUGAUUAUUAUUGUACUUCCGCAUUACUCUGAAAAUAUUUUUUAAAUGGGUCGCGAUCUAGAGACUGUAAAUUUAAUAUUUAUAAGUAAUUGUCAUUUUCAAAUGUCAAGUGAAAUUUUUUUAACUCUCGUUUCACCUUAAUUCGUGUAAUUUCGUGUUAUACGGAUUGGGGUGUUACAAGGACAUUAUUGUAAUAAAGUAGGACACAUCACACCAGUUUGUUACACUAAGUAUAGGCACUUUCUUCUAAGUCAAGAUAAUGUGAUGCAUCGUUCAUAUGAUUUUUAUUAUUGCCAUAACACCCCUGGACCCAAAAGGCAUUGGGUACCAAGAUUUGCUUCGUAGAUUCAUUAAGGAAGGUGUGCUUCAACACUUCGACUUGAGUUGAAAUAGAUGCGCCAAGCACAUAAUUGGGUGAAACGUCAAUUAAGAGGGGAAGUUGAUUCACUUUAUUAACUCCAACUAAUGUUGAUUUAUAUUUUAGUUGGACAAUGUGAUACUAUUUGUUUGUUUGAUAUCUAUUUGCAUGAGCAUAUAUCUUUUUGCCCAUCUCUUUUUGAUAAUCUCAAAAGAGGGAAGAUGGUGUAGAUAUGCAUAUAUUCAGCACAAAUUGUAUUUGUGCAUAUCUUAAUGGGGAAGUGAUAAGUCGGGUUUGGGUUAGUUCUUUUUAUUCUUUUUAGGCAUUUUAAAGAUUUUUAGAGUUUAAUUUUUAGUUGUUUAGCUUAGUUUUAUUUUAAUUUUAUUUUUACACUCUUUUUAUUUUCUCUCAAAAAUAGUAACUUUUUAAUCAUUUUUUUACAUUUCUUUUAUUUUUAUUUCAUUUUUCCUAACCCAAAUGAUCAGAUAUCUUAUUUGUGGAGAAAGUGCAGCAUAAGGCCAAAGUGCAGUUCAUGUUUAAAAAGAAGAGAUCAAAAUUGGGUUGAAGCACAAUCCAUCAUCAACAACAAUAACCGGCCCAUUCCUCCUCUGCUUUUUAAUUCGCACAAGUAAAAGAAAAAAAAGUCUACGACUCCUUCUUCUUCGCCAUCGUACACGGAGCGCAGCACCCAAAUCAAACGCAUAACUCCUCCAACGUUCGGCUCCAUCAAUUGCGCAGUAAUCAAUUAUCAACGGGAAGAAUUCAGCUCCUCCUUACUAUAAAUUGAAGAGAAUCGACACAUAUGAAGGGGGGAAUUCACACAGAGAAUAAAACAAGAAUAAAGCAUUGGCUUGGCCGCUGCUAUGGUGGUCGCCGUUGAUGGUGGCAGGCGGCGCGGCGAACGGCCGGCAGACGGGAAGCAGCUCCAGCUCCGGUGGGCAGCCUCCAUCACAGCUCUAGUUUACUCAAUUUGUUCAUCUUCUUCAACAAUUGGUAAGCAGAAAGCACAAUGUGAUCCUGGCGGCAGAUGGGGCGAGAUUGUCGGGAUGGAUGUGACAACCUCCAUAGCCAAAGCUCUUUCAGCGCCGGGAGGCUCGCGGAACCUCGACGGCGCUAAUGGAUCCAUCUCCCUCUCACAAGAUCUCGUCCUCAGAGUCCUCCGCCGCAACUACCUCCACGUCUCCAACAAGCUGGAUUUCUUCCGAUGGUGCUCUCUCCGCCCCGGAUUCAGGCACUCCGCCGCCACCUACUCCCAGAUUUUCAAAACUCUUUGCCGUUGCGGCGGCCACCACGAGGAGAUCGCCGCCCUCCUCGACUCCAUGAGGCGCGACGGCGCUCAGCUCGACUCCGCCACCUUCAAAUUGCUUCUCCACUCGUUCAUCAGAUCCGGUAAGUACGACUCCCCGCUGGAAAUUCUGGAUUUAGUUGAAAGCAAUUUCAGGGACGACAUUGCUCGCAGUCAAUUGAGCAAUGUAGUUUAUAACUCCGUUGUGAUAGCGCUUGUCCAAGAUACCAUUUCGUGUAACGAACUACUGGUUGGUCUCAAAAAGGCUUACAUGAGAGCUGAAUUCGUGCAUAUCUUUGAUAAGCUCAGAGAAAGGAAGAAUCCUUGCCCCUUAGACAGAUGGGGUUAUAAUAUAUGCAUUCAUGCUUUUGGUCUAUGGGGAAAUCUGGGGAUUUCUCUGAUACUGUUUAAGGAGAUGAAGGAGAGGGGUGAUGCAUUUGCUCCUGACAUCUGCACUUAUAACAGCCUAAUUCAAGUCCUCUGCAUGCUGGGGAAAGUGAAGGAUGCUCUCAUUGUCUGGGAAGAGCUGAAGAACUCCUUAGGUCUGGAACCAGAUUACUUCACUUACCGAAUUCUCAUCCAUGGCUGCUCGAAGUCGUACAUGGUGAACGAUGCCAUGAAGAUUUUCAGUGAGAUGAAGUUUAACGGCUUGCGCGCGGAUACGGUUGUGUAUAACUCACUCAUGAAUGGAUUGAUGAAGGCUGGGAAGUUAACGGAUGCAUGCAAUCUGUUUGAGAGAAUGGUUGAAGAAGAUGGUGUUCGUGCCAGCUGUUGGACCUAUAACAUUCUCAUUGAUGGCUUGUUUAAGAACGGAAGGGAUGUGGCUGCUUAUACACUCUUCUCUGAUCUGAAGAAGAAGAGCAACAAUUUCGUGGAUGGGAUUAGUUACAGCAUCGUCGUUUUGCAUCUCUGCCAGAAAGGCAUGCUUGAGAAAGCAAUGGAGUUGGUGAAUGAGAUGGAAGGCAGAGGUUUUACUGUUGAUUUGGUCACUAUCACUUCACUAUUGAUUGCAAUUUACCGCAAGGGGCACUGGGACUGCACUGGAGAUUCAGUAGAGAUCGAGGCUUACGACGGUGAUAAUGAAACUGACCCUUGGUCAUCUUCACCUUACAUGGAUUUUCUAGCCAGCCAAACGAGCCUGGACACUCUCCAACCCCAUAUGUUCACACUUUCCAAAGGAAAACGCGUUAACGGUAAGAACCAAGAUUCAUUCGACAUGGACAUGGUGAAUACCUUCCUGUCCAUAUUCCUCGCCAAGGGGAAACUGAGCUUAGCUUGUAAACUAUUCGAGAUUUUCACAAACGCGGGGAGUAAGGACCCCACCAGUUACACAUACAACUCCAUGAUGAGUUCGUUUGUCAUGAAGGGAUACCUCAAUGAAGCGUGGGGGGUUUUCCAUGAAAUGGGAGACAAAGUUUGUCCAGCAGACAUAGCAACGUACAACGUGAUCAUUCAAGGUUUAGGAAAGAUGGGUAGGUUUGAUCUGGCAAGCGCCGUUCUUGAUAGACUGAUGAAGAAGGGGGGAGGGUACCUUGACAUUGUGAUGUACAACACGUUGAUUAAUGUGCUGGGGAAAGGGGGCCGAAUCGACGAAGCAAACAUGGUUUUUGGACAGAUGAAGAGGGUGGGGAUAAAUCCUGAUGUUGUCACUUACAACACUCUUAUUGAGGUUCACAGUAGGGCGGGGAGACUUGAGGAAGCCUACAAGUUUUUGAAGCUCAUGUUGGACGCCGGGUGUGUGCCAAACAAUGUGACCGACACCAUCAUGGAAUCCCUCGACAAGGAGAUUGAAAAUGUACGUUACCGGAAGGCGUCGCUUAAGAACCCGCCUUAAUGUCAUAUGCUUCCUUGUGAAUUGCUGCUUUGGGAUGCCUAUAAACUGUGUUUUUUGGGGGACGCUUACACUAUGUUUGGUAUUAUAAAUGCAGAAGGAAAAAG